AUACCUUUUCCCUUACAUCAGCCUGUUGCAUAUUCAUAGCCCCUUAUGCAUAUCCAUAACCUAGUUUACAUUUUCCAGGAACCAUUUUACAUGGCCCCUCCUUGGGUCCCCCUUUUCAGAGCAUGCGUGUUUCCUGGCUGGAGUUUGGCUCCUUCUCUUUAUCACUUCCAGUUCGGGCCUUGGUCCACACUGCCUUCAGAUGGUGAGUGCUGAUCGUUGGCAGAUCUGUAGCAGGUGUCCUCAUCCUGUGUUCAUUGGAUGUUAUUCCAUCCAAGCAGGCAUUUUAACACAAGCAUACUUCUAUCAGCUAUUGCACUACUAUGUCUUAGCUUAAUUAAAAACAAAAUUUAAAACUAUGUCUUUAUAACAAAGUUACUUGAACAUCACACAUAUAAAAUCCACUUUGAUAUUUGCAAAAGCCAAUAUUAUAAUAUGUAGCUAUAACACUCCUCUCCUGCAAGGCAAGGCUGAGACAGCUUAGCUUCCUCAGCCUGGGCAAGAGACUUAGACUUGAUCCAACUGUGGCCUUCCAGGACCUGAGGGCAACCUACAAGAAAGCUGGACAGGGACUUUGUAGGAGGGCAGGCAAGGACAGGACAAGGGAGAAUGGAUCCAAAUGGAAAGAGAGUCGGUUUAGCUGAGGGAUUCAGAAAAAAGACUCUCCUGGAACAGGUUGCCCAGAGAAGGUGUGGCUGUCUCGUCCCUGACAGUGCUCAAGGCCAGGAUGCAUGGAGCUCUAGACAAGCCGGGCUAUUGCAAGGGGUGCCCAGCCACAGCAGGGGGGUUACAGCCGUGUGAUUUUUUCAGCAGCGCUUCUCUCGAUCGGUUUUCCACUCGACUUUCCACUCGGUUCCAGUCCCCUUCUCCCUCUCAUACUCACUCCACUCCAGUCCCGUCCCGUCCGUGUCCCGCCUCUCCGAGCCCGGCUGAUGCCGCGUCCCGCAAGGCGCCCCUCGGCGGGGCCGCCCCGUGCUCGCCCCUGCCCGUCCCGCCGCGGAGCCGCCUCCGCCGGGCUCUCUCCGUACUUGCUGUGGCGCCGCUGGAAGUGCCGCUCGCUCUGGUGCUGGCAGAGCAGCGCAAUCUUUUGGCUUCGCCUGGCGCGGACUCUGGCCCGGCCCCGGCCCCGAACGAAGCCCCUGCCGCGGUUCCGCCCGCAGCCGCCCCGCGCCCGCGCCGUCCCUGACAGCGUCGCCGGCGGCUUCCCCGCUCCGAGCUCCGCCGCUCGUCAGCUCGGCCGCCGGCCCCGAGCCGCCGCAGCCCGGGGCGGCUCGGCAAGCAGCAGCGCGCCGGGCGCUCGGGUUGCCGGGGCAGAAAAGCGGGAGCGCGGUGCCGCCCGCACGGGCGGAGAAGCCUCCCCUGGAGCAGCUCUACCGGGAGGGCCCGCUGCUGGGGAGCGGCGGCUGCGGCAGCGUUUACUCCGGGACCCGGCUCGCCGACGGCGCCCCGGUGGCCAUCAAGCGAGUGUGCCGCGAUCGCAUCCCGGAGUGGGCGCGGCUGGUAAGUGA